GAGCAACUCGCGCCGCGCCAGCCACUCCCGCGUUUUCCCGCCAAUCCCCCGCAGAAGGUCGUGCUGAGCAGGAGCAUGCAGAAGCUGCGCUGGUUUGCGCUGCCCACAGACUACAUGGCUGCACCACCGCCAUCAGUGACGGAGGUUGCAGCACAGCAGCAGCAGCAGCAGCAGCAGCAGCAGCACGCGUUCACAGGAGGGCAUGGUGGAGUGGGGCGACCUGCCUCAGUGGUCGCUCGACCAAGGUGGCGGCGUUGGCCGUUAUGAUGCUGACAAAAGCAGCGACGAGAAUGGCAGCCCUGUGCUCUUGCAGGCGUGGGCGAGUGGUGAUGACGACGACGGCGACGGUGACGCCGUUGGUGGCAAUGGCGGUGAUGGUGGUGCAAGCAGCACCAUCUCAUCUGACGAGGAGGCCGAGUUGAACGGACCCGUCUGCUACAACUGCAACGGCCAGCCCAUCGCCGAGGAAGUGGAGGAGGCAGAGCGGCGUCGACGUCGCGCGAAAGCCCAGCGCGUGCUUGACGGGUUUGUCAAGGCAAGCGACCUGGCUGUCCAGGGAAGUGGCGUGGACCCGUCUCUUGCAGGCCUGAUCCUCGGCGUGUGCAUCUGCUUCACCUUUGGGCGCCAGUGGUGCAGUGGCCUCUUCUCCUGAUAAGGGCGGCAACCGCGGUGGACGGCGUGACGAAGAUGGCAUGGUGGCACGAUGUGCUCAUGAUUUGGUGAUGGUGCCAUAUAUUGCUUGCUCGAGUGGUAAUUGAUGGCUGAUUGCUUGCUUGGUGGCUUGCUUGGUGGCUUGAUUUGAUGGCUUGGUUGCUUCAUGUGCAUGAGUGAGUGGAUGAUGACUGUCUUCUUUUUCGUUUCACCGAUCUUAAGUGUGCUUCAUGAGCCCGCCGUUUUGCUUCCUUCAUUUGCUUGUCCGUGCCCGUCUUGAGAACCGACAUAAACAACACAAACCGCA